CUAGUUCUUGCAGAGACCACUGAGGGUGCUUUCAGGCUGGUGACCUGCACCCGGUCUGCCAGUAGAUGGGUAGAGACACGUGCACGCCAUGCCUCCUGUCUGAGUGGGCAGUGCAGCGGCUCUGUUUAGUCAGCUGUCAGCCGGCAGCACGGGGUCUCCACCCCAGCCCCUCCCCCUCACGUGCUGCCGGGUGUCAGGAGAUGCAGUGGAGGGCAUAAGUGUGUAACCUGGGGCGCAGUGGAGCCGACACCAUGCUGCUCUCCGCCGUGCUGCACACCUACUCCCUGCGCUACAUGCUCCCUGCAGCAAUCAUGCUGGGCACUGCGCCCACCUACCUGCUGGCAUGGAGCUGCUGGAGGGCCCUGAGCGCUGUGCUGCCCGAGAACUUAUACCAGCGGGUGGACGACCGGCUCUACAACGCCUACCAGAGCAUGGUGCUCUUCUUCUUCCAGCACUACACCGGGGUGCAGGUAGUGAUAUAUGGAGAGUUGCCAAAAAAAGAGAACGUUUUAUACUUGGCCAAUCAUCAAUGUACAGUUGAUUGGAUUAUUGCGGACAUGAUGGCUGUACAGCAAAAUGCACUGGGCCACGUUCGAUAUGUUCUGAAGGAUGGUCUGAAAUUUCUUCCUCUGUACGGCUGGUAUUUUUCUCAGCAUGGUGGAAUAUAUGUCAAGAGAAGUGCCAAAUUUAAUGAGAAGAGGAUGAAAAACAAGCUGCAGGCCCAGAUGAAGGCAAAAACUCCAAUGUACCUUGUGAUUUUCCCGGAAGGAACGCGGUACAAUCCUGAUAUACCCAAGGUUAUUGCUGAUAGUCAAGCAUUUGCUAUGAAAGAAGGACUUCCAGUUCUUAAACAUGUGCUAACGCCUCGUGUUAAAGCAGCUCACAUAGCGAUUGAGACCAUGCAGGACUACUUGGAUGCUGUAUAUGAUGUGACAGUUGCAUAUGAAAAGAGUACCAACCAGAGUGGCCAAAGGAUAGAAGCACCUUCCAUGACAGAAUUUCUGUGUAAGGAAUGCCCAAGAAUUCAUAUAAAUGUGGAGCGCAUUGACAUUAAAGAUAUUCCGAAAGAUCAGUCCUUCACCAGGAGAUGGCUUCAUGAGCGCUUUGAAAUUAAAGAUAGGUUACUCACAGAGUUUUAUGAAGCCACAGAUCCUGAAAAACGUAACAGGUUUCCUGGAGAAGGUCAAGUAGCAAAGCUCAGCUUGAAGAAAACCGUGCCACCCUUGUUCAUUUUAACUGGUAUAACGGCCGGCAUGCUAUGCACAGAAACUGGAAGGAAAGUUUAUGUGAACACUUGGAUAUAUGGAACUUUAAUUGGUUGCCUAUGGGUCAGCAUCAAAGCCUGAACAGACCAUUAGUCUUUUCCAGUUGCACAUUAUACCAAAUCUUUUUCCAGAACUGAACACCUUCUAUGUCUUGCCUUAUUUGUGACUACAUUGAAAUCAAUGUAAGAAUGAAUGUAAGAGUAUGGGGAAAUGUGAGUCAUCCCAGUUGCAAUUUAAAUGUAAUAUGUUCUAGUGUCCUAACGUUGGCCAUGUCAUAACCCUUUUCUUUACCAGCAUAAAUGCUUACCUAUAAAUUGAGCCAUUUAUGUUAGCCACAUAGGUGCCAGUGGCCAACUCUGCCAUGAUGAUAGUGGUACUGUUGCCCAUGUUGAAUAGUCAGCCAAGAACUCUGGUGAUCAGAAGACUUUGUCUGUCCACCAUGCUUUGCUCUGUGGCCAUUGUAUGUCUAUGCAGGUCACAGAAUAUAUUAUGCAUUCAGGUUUGAAACUUUGUCAUUUGUGCUUUUAUACCAUUAGUUCAAUAUUAUUUUCAUCUUCUUAUGUAUACAUUACAGGGGUUCUUCGACCUUGGCCACUUUCUCCUACUUGGUUUAUGGUAAAAGCUUUCAUUACUCUAGGUUACGUUUGUAUCUUGGUAAAAAUGUAGAUAGGUUUUAUAUACAGCUCACCAGGGCAUUUAGAAUCACACACAGGGCAUAAGAAGGGAGAUUUAUCAAACUGGCGUAAAGAAAAUCUGGUUGCUAUGGUCAACUAAGCCACUUUUCUUUUGGGCCAGUUUUGUUAAAUCUCCCCCAGAGAGUCAGGUUGUACGGACCACUUGCAAGACAGGAAGUUGUGGAUGAUAUCACAGGAAUGGAUGACGGGUCCAGCACCAGACAAUUGAAAUCCAACAACUUUACUUCCUUUAAAGCCACGUGGCAUCACAUAAUUUGUACCUUUUUGUAGGCGACUGUUACAAAGCAGUGUUUUUAACAGGGCACCCCCUAUGUGGUCCCAUGUGGUUGAUGGUAAGGUAUCCCCUUUUUUACAUUUGAGAUAAUUUACAGUCGGUGGUGCUAGCAUCUCCAUCCAAGAAAGGCAUGUGUGUUUUUCCUGUUUGUGCUUUGCAUCCUGUUUUACAUAUUGUUUUGCCUAUUCAUAAAAAUUGAAUAUUUCCGCCUUUUUUUUAUUUUUAUAUGUAACAGGUGAGGUAUAACAGGUGAUGUAAUACACUAUUGUUUGGUAGGAUGUGUUGUCGUUUAAGCAAUACUGCCCGCAAUGGUGCUAUGCCUUACUGCAGGCUGAUGCUGUAGAGAAAUAUGAUGUGAUGAUCACCGAAAAUGCUAUGUGCCUUUUUACUUUCAGUUUUGUCUUACAGCCUUUAUGCGUCAUCUUUUCUGUAAAUACAGAAGAACAUUUAAUCAUUUUAUUUUGGGUUUAGAAUUAGUUCUGUGUAAUUUAUAUUUUGAUACUAUAACAAAUUAAUUAAAUUAAAAUAAAUCCAGUUUAAAGUU